AAGAGCCCCGCUGGUUCAGGCGAGGAUAGGGAGCGUCCUGAGCUGAACUCGAGGUUACAAAUAGGAGCUGCGGUGAUCCAAGUGGAGCAGAGUGGAGGUGAUCGUAAUGUGAAGUAACAGAGACCAGUGGAUCCGCAGUGUUUCAAGGAGAGAGAGACACAGAGAGACACAGAGAGAGAGAGAGAGAGACGUUUCUGCGGAGUGAAAACGGAUCCUUCUACAGGUGGCGCUGCUGCUGCAUCCUCAGAGCGCAGCGAGCACUCAGCGGUUCUACCAGCACCAAGGGGAAGACUCACUUCACCCCCCACUGACCGGCGUGAUGUUUGAGGAAGAGUCCCAGCAGGUGAGGGGCCAGCAGGAUGUGGCUGUGAUCCAGACUCUUGAGUCCCCCGUAGGAGGAGGAGGAGGAGGGCCUCUGUCCUUCACAGAUGAAGCCGUGUCCAUCCUGACCUCCAGCAGCCUGUUGGCGCGCUCCCUGCUCGGUCGCACCUCGGCCGUCAAGCGCAAGGAGAGCCCUUCCUCCAGCGCCCGGCGCAAGCGCGAGUUCAUCCCGGUGGACAAAAAGGACGAGGGCUACUGGGACAAGAGGAGGAAGAACAACGAGGCGGCCAAGCGCUCGCGGGAGAAGCGGCGCGUCAACGACAUGGUCCUGGAGAGCCGCGUCCUGGCUCUGCUGGAGGAGAACGCCCGCCUCCGGGCCGAGCUGUUGGCUCUCAAAUUCCGCUUCGGGCUGGUCAAAGACACCUCCAGCCCCCCUAUUCUGCCCCUCGCCGCAGCUCCCAACCACGGCGCUCAAACCCUGACCCCUCACUAUUAUCUCCACAGAGGCGAUGGGGGACUCCCCAGUUCCUCAGUCCCCCAUAGCAACAACCAGACAGGCCAGCUGAGCUCCAGGGCCUCCAGGGAUGCUGGGAACAUGUCGGAGGACUCUGGGUUCUCCACGCCAGAUGGGUCCAGUGUGGGCAGUCCGAUCUUCUUUGAGGACCGACUGAGCGACCACGGGAAAUUAUCCCCACACAGGGCGGAGGAGCUGGGCUACGACCUCCACCACUCCCCCGCUGGUGUCCACCACUCUGCAGGACCCCCUGGAGGGAGGUCGGACCAUGUUGAGGUGAUAAGAAACCUUCCUCACAAGCUGCGUUUCAAGACGCCCGGCUGCAUGGAGGCGUUCGAUGCUGCGGGGGACAGCAGCACCUCCAGGCGAAGCCCUGCGCUGUCCGCAGCGGGAGGGGAAGGUCCGAGGGAGGCCCUGAAAGGACUGGGUGCAGGUGAACCGGCGGCAGGGCACUGUGCCGGCUCUUGGCUCCAGCAGCUGGAGGUCGAAGAGGGCAGGAUGGAGAGGCAGUCCCCCCAAUACAACGCCUCGGCCGCCGGCUUCCAGCCUCCACCUGCGCUGGGACAAACCGAGGUCCAGUACAAGCACGAGAACACUCACCUGAAAUCAAAGCUCAACUCUCUGAGCGAGGAGGUGGCACAGCUCAAGAAGCUUUUCACAGAGCAGCUCAUGGCCAAGGUCAACUGAGGACCGAGGCUGUGUGUGUGUGUGUGUUUGCCAAGUCGUCUGACUUUUUGAGGGAAAACAAAGUUUUGCUCAAGAAUUCAGGAGUGCUUGACCACGCAGGCGCUCACACGGACUGAUAAAAGUUUCACGUCUAACGAACUUUUAACAAAGUCUUGUUUUUUUUAUUUCAAAUCUUGUAUUAUACUGUAAUAAAUGUCUCUAAAACACUCAUCUCGUAACCCAGCUACAUCUCACCUCCACUCAAUGUCGCUCAGACAGGGAGUCUUAUCCGUAGUAGUGUGUAAUAGUGUCUCUAUAUCCCACACACUGUGACGACUACAAACACACAACACAAACUUGUUUUUCAUCCCAUCUGUAUGAUGUGCGGCAUUUAGAGACGACGUGUUUGGUUGGUUCUGAAGUCGCAUUCAAUCAGACUGGAAGUCAGCAGGCAGGUUUGUUAUGACACAGCGCGAUGGUGGAGGUGUUUGCAGUCAGAGUGGUAGGACUUACCGCAUGAGGUUCCCUCCGCUGAGACGGGUCUGCUGGAGGCUGCGAACACAAGCAGAGACAGACAGUAAACACACACAGAAAUUAAACUGUUUUGCUGGAAAAAUCCUCCAUUGGUGUUGAAGGCUAAAAGGAAGUGUUUUUCUUUCUCGGGCUUUGCACACUAAACACUCAUUAGGCUCAUUUCUCAUCAGUUGUCAUGUCGAGGAGCUCCUUUUUCAGGAAACACACUGUAACAUGUUCUGUGUAGAUGUUUUGUGUCUCACUUCAGUCUCUCUGUCUGUAUCCGGUUUGAAUGCUUUUUUUUUUUCUAACUGCCGUGUUAUCUGUACCCAGGUGAUGGGAAGAAUUUAUUGUCUGCUGUCUUUCUGUAUAUUUUCAUAUGAAAAAAUAAAACCAUUUG